CCAUUCUUGUUUGUCGCUCCUCUCUUUCUUCUCGUCUAGGUUAAGCACGCAAUUUCUCUCUGACUCAGAUUCACCCAUGGCGGUUGAAGCCAAUUCCAAUCUUCUCCCCCUAGAAUUCUCCGAUUUCAUUCCGUUAGGCAUGGAAAAUUGCAGAGAUUUCAUGAGUACUAAGCCAAGAUUAGCCGCAUAUCAGAGCAUCUUCCCGUUUAAUCGAUCUCGGCCGGUGAAAAAUGUCGUCGCCGGGAAUAGUCUUCAGCAGCCGUCGCUUCACGGGAAGCGAUCUAGAGAUUCUCUCGAUCUCUAUAGCCAUCCGUCGACUCAAAUCUGCGGCGGCGGCGCCGGCGAUGAUUUUUUGCAAUCGGAGAUUGAUAGAAUCAUCGCGCAUCAUACUAAGAAAUUGAGGGUGGAGUUCGAGGAGAGGCAGAAACAGACGGCCAGAAAUUUAAUGGCGGCGAUGGGAGAUGGUUUGGUGAAGAAACUUAGGGAGAAGGAUGAAGAGAUUCAAAGAAUGGCUAAAUUGAAUUUAGCCCUACAAGAAAGGGUGAAGAGUUUGUACGUUGAGAAUCAGUUAUGGCGAGAUAUGGCGCAGACGAACGAGGCGGCGGCGAAUUCUCUCCGGAGCAAUCUGGAGCAAGUGCUCGCCCACGUCGCCGACGAGCGCGUGUCCGUCCCCGCCGCCGUCGCGGCGGCGGAGGAAGACGCGGAGUCCUGCUGCGGGAGCAGCGAUCACGGCCGUGGAGAGCCGGAGGUUUGCACGGCGAUGCCGGAGUGGCGCACCCCCGCCACGGAGGCGCAGGAUAGCAAGAAUUCCGGCGGCCGGAUGUGCCGCCGGUGCGGCGAGAGAGAGUCGAGCGUUCUGUUGCUGCCGUGUCGGCAUCUCUGCCUCUGCACACUGUGUGGGUCCACCCUGAUACGAUGUUGCCCAGUAUGUAAUUCUAACAUGAAUGCCACUGUUCACGUUAACAUGUCUUCUUGAUGAUAAAAGGAAAAAAAAAAAAAUAGCAGAGGAAAAGAAUUACGGAAAAUAGUCCUUUUUGUGAUAAUGUAGAAAAUUAGAUUUCUCUCUGUAUAUUCCUUUUCUUGAACAAUAGUGAAUUAAAAUUUUCAUUUUUUUCA